GAAGGACUUAAACUCAAACCGGCAAGAUGCCCCGCAGAAAAAAUGAUGUUGCGAUAACUAUGGAUGAUGUUGGGAUGGAAAUUGAUGCAGAAUAUGAUAGUGGAAGUGACGUGGAUUCAAAAAGAAGAGCAAAAGGCAGGAAUAAACCGAAGCCUGCAGCUCGAGGAAAGAAAGCCAAGCCAGCAGAUAGCGUAGAGGAGAGUGAGGAAGAGGAGGAGGAGGAGGCUCCGCGUAAGAGAAAAGGCCGAAAGAAGAAGGAAGAAAGUGAGGAGGAGAGUGAGGAAGAGCAGAGAGGAAGAAGAAAGAAAGCAGCAGGUACAAAGAAGAAGAAGGCUGCUGCGAAAGAUGACUCAGAAGAGGAGAGCGAAGAGGAGAAGGGAAAUAAAAGAAGAGGAGGGAAAAAAGGAGCAAAUAAGAAGGAGAAAGAGGAGGAGAAUAACAAGGAGAAGAAGGGGAAUGGCAAAGCAGCAGGAAAAGGAGGGAAAGAUAAACAGGAUGAUAAAAAGAACAAAGGCAAAAACAGCAGCAGUUCAUCCUCAGAUGACAAUUCAGAAGACGAGUCUAUGUCUGAGGGAGAGAUGGCCCGACUAAAAGAGGAUGUCGAGGAGAAGAAAAAGCUGAUAGCGACGCUUCGGAACAAACCCUGGCGCAUGAAGAGGAGACUCAAGUGCCUGAAAGAAGCCCAGGCAUUUGUGGAGAAGUUUGAAGGGGCUUUGGGCAAAGGAAAAGGGAGGAGACUCUAUGCAUUCAAAGUCAUGAUGACCAAGGUACUGAUGGGCAUGCCUUAUGGCUCCAUUGCCAGAAAAACAGUUCCCAGAGAGGAGCAGGACAGUGCCAUGGACUUCUCUGUCCUGUUUGAGUUUGGAGGUUAUUGCAAGUACUCCAUUAUGUUUUAUGGUUAUUACAAUUAUCAGCGAAGUAUUGGAUUGCUGCAGUUCCGGUUACCCCUGUCAUAUCUUUUAGUUGGACUUGGGAUAUUUGGCUACAGUCUAAUGGUGGUAAUCAGAACAAUGGCAAGAAAUGCCAAUGAAGGAGGAGAUGGAGCAGAGGAUGGUGCCUUCACCUUCUGCUGGAAGCUGUUCACUAGCUGGGAUUUCCUUAUAGGAAAUCCAGAAACAGCUGACAACAAGUUUGCCUCCACCACCACAAGCUUCAAGGAGUCUAUAGUGGAUGAGCAGGAGAACCUAAAGGAUGAGAACAUUCACCUGCAGCGUUUUCUACGUGUCCUGGCAAACCUUCUCAUCCUGUGCUGCUUGGGUGGGAGCGGAUACCUCAUCUACUAUGUGGUCAAAAGAUCUCAGGAGUUUGCCAAAAAGGACAGGAAUGAAUUGUCAUGGCUUCAAAAAAACGAGGUUGAAAUUGUGAUGUCACUGUUGGGCUUGGUGUGUCCACCUCUGUUUGAGGUUAUAGCUGAGCUGGAGAACUAUCACCCUCGAAUCGCCCUAAAAUGGCAGCUGGGCAGAAUCUUCGCCCUCUUUCUGGGCAACUUGUACACUUUUCUGUUUGCGCUGUUUGAUGAAGUCAAUGCAAAGCUUGAAAAUGAGAAGGAGAUAAAAAAUGAAACCAUCUGGGCUCUUAAAGAAUACUAUGCCAACUACACCUUAUACCAUAAUGUCACAGAAAACAUUCCCCCUCCAAACAUCUCCCCAGCUGAUGUCAUCAGGGGUCCUUGCUGGGAGACAGAAGUUGGCAUUGAGUUUGUGAAGCUCACCGUAUCUGAUAUUCAGGUGACAUACCUGACCAUUCUGAUAGGGGACUUCUUACGAGCCGUGAUUGUGAGAUUCCUCAACUAUUGCUGGUGUUGGGAUCUGGAAGCUGGCUUUCCGUCUUAUGCAGAAUUUGACAUCAGUGGUAAUGUGCUUGGGCUCAUCUUUAAUCAGGGAAUGAUCUGGAUGGGUGCAUUCUACGCACCUGGGCUGGUGGGCGUAAAUGUGUUGCGUCUGCUGAGCUCCAUGUAUUACCAGUGCUGGGCUGUGAUGGCCUGUAACGUUCCCCACGAGAGAGUGUUCAAAGCCUCACGCUCUAAUAACUUCUACAUGGGACUGCUCCUCCUCGUCCUCUUCCUCAGUCUCAUGCCUGUGGUCUACACCAUUAUGACCCUGCCACCGUCCUUUGACUGUGGACCCUUCAGUGGUAAAGAUCAGAUGUAUGAUGUGAUCAUGGAGACUAUAGAGAAGGACUUGCCACCUUUUAUGGCUGACAUCUUCAGUUAUGCAUCCAACCCAGGCCUCAUCAUGCCUGCAGUUUUACUCAUGGUGUUGGCUAUUUAUUAUCUGAAUGCUGUGUCCAAAGCAUAUCAGAACGCUAACAUGGACUUAAAACGCAAAAUGCAAAUGCAAAGAGAUGAGGAGAAGAACAGGAGGAACAACAAGGACAGCACUAACCAGGUGAUGAAAGACCUGGAGGAUCUUCUGCCCAACAAGUCCCUGAUUCCCCCGCCAUCUGCUGAAGAGACUGAGAAACCAGCUGACCAGCUCAGCAAGUCACCAAAGGUGACAGGCAAACCAGGUGCUGCAGCCACUGGGAAAGGGGUACAUGUUCAGAAGGAUGUGUCUUUGGCGGCUGCAAAUCCCCGAGCUCCAGUGACUCGUCCGCCAGGUCCCAGGCCACCCGGGCCUCUGCCAGGUAAUGCCCGCGGACCUCCACCGGGUCAAGGGAUGGGAAGAGGGAGAGGUGGACCACCACCACGAAGAUAGUGCAUGAAGAAUGCACAAACACUGUUUCUUUUUGUACUAGAUACUAAAUUUGGA